AUUUUUCUGAAUACUUAUUUAGCAAAUAGCCAAAUAAAUCUAGUCUCCAUAUCGUCCGGGCGUAGUGGACACAGUGGGUACAGAGUCAUGGUGCCGCUGUUUCAAACCGUCGCCGCCGAAUUAGAAGACAGCUAUGCGACAACCCAUAAUAUCUCGGUGACAACCAAAUACGGGGAUCCCGUAAUUCCUUGCACGGAUAUGGAAUUAGAUUUGAUUAUGGCGAGUUUACAGGACUUGUACAGGGAUGGACAACUACACGAGAACGGAUUAACGGUUAUAGUACCGUCCACCGUGUGCGGCAAUUAUUUUCUACAUGUUGGAGAUUUUGCUCGGGAACUGGACAUCACGGCGCUUUCAUGCACUUUGAAUGAUCCGUUUCUCACGGACCCCAUUCGCUUUCCAUCGGUAAUAUCGGCCGGUCCUUUGAACCUGCCCAUGUUCGGCCACUCAUUCCUGAGCAUUAUGGAGAAUUUUCAAUGGCAUUCGGUGGCUGUAUUAAUCGAUCGCAUGUCAACGGAUACGAUCAAUGCCCUGCGCUACAAUCAGACAUGCCGGUAUUUUCUGGAAGCAUUGUCCGGUUCCAAUGUACAGGUGCAGCGGAUUAAUUUGGACUCGGAUACGACGAAUAGUGACGUCAACGGAUGGCAUUUUGCCUUACGGCUCGCUUCCGAUUACACCAGAAUUAUUGUCUCAUGUACCACGUCCAUCCGGCAGCAUCGAUUUCUGGCGGUUGCGGAAGAGCUUGGCUUUGCCAAUGGUCAAUACGCUUUCAUUUUUCCGUAUUCGUUUCUUGUUCCGGAUGAUCUGCCAUUUACAUGCGGUGGAAUGCGUUCGCACAAUCAAUCAUGCGACUCGGUAACGGUCAUGUCGGUACAGAACCCCGUUUAA